GGUUGCUCCGACGGCAUACAAACGGUUAUUACACUUCUAAAAUUGUUUAAUCUAGUGUAUAACGCAUAUGUAAAAAUGUGGCAUGACCUAUCGUGAAAAUAAACUUCAUAACUAGAUCCUUUAUACCAAAAAUUCAAAUCAAAAGAAAAGGUUAACAAAGGAAAUCUCUAGAGAUGCCAAAUGUUUAAAACUCAAACGGUAUUCAGUAAUCUAGUUACGUUGUUUUUAUAGCUGUUACUCUUCCACAGUUCCACUUGUCAACUUUCCGCCAAAGUUAAAUUCGAAUGUGUUUUGAUUAUAAGUAAAAAAAAUCGAAUAUGUUACUCCCUCCGUCCCUAAUCUUUCUCCCUUUUCGGCUGAGCACAUUUAUUAAGAUAGUGGGAUUUGUGUGAUGGAGAGUUGUGCAGAGGAGAGAGAAAUGUGUAAGAAUGAUUGUGAACCACAAAUUUUUUGCUAAAAGGAGGAAGAGGAGAUAAUUUUGGGACGGACGAAAAAGGAAAGUUUGAAGAUAAUUUAGGGACGGAGGGAGUAAAAAUCAUUAACAACCUCUACCGAUGUGCCACGUCACCAUUCACAACAUUCAUGUUGGGCGUCAACGUUUUGUCUUUGUUUUCUCAAAAAACAAAUACGAAGUCAAAAUAAAUGAAUAAAAAUUCCGUGCAAAUUUAAAUUUAAAUUAAAAGGGGAGAAAUAUAAGUAAUUCUGGUGAGUAAUAAUCUGUCAAAAAUAAAAGAGUCACUGCACCCACUCCCCACCUUGUCCCCUCUCUUCAAUUGCUCUCUAUACCUAAUAGCUGUUUCUCUCUCCGGAAAGGGAAGAAGACAAACUAUAGCAUUUCGUUUCUCAUCACUCCGGACAUGCCGGAACUCGCGACCGUACACUGACUCCGGACAUAUAUACAAAGGGAUCGGAACCAACUAGAUGAGGUGUAAGAAACAUCAGUCGGACUUGAGCAGCGGCGUCGGCGUUUGCGCGUCUUGUCUCCGGGAGAAGCUCUUCGCCGUGAUACUAGCUCAGGCUCAAGCCGAAGCCCGCAUUCAGAACCGUGGAUUUCAGGAAGAGGGGCGCAAGUCCGACGCCAAUCAGCCGCCGCCGGCUUUGUUGUUUCCCCGCUCCGUUUCGCCCUAUAUUUCUCGCCAUAAAUCUGACAUCUCAAAUUGGAAUCAAAACCGCCAAGCUAGCCACCGCAGCUGGGCCGAUCAGAGAUUCUUUAGCACUCCUCAAAUCGGAGCCCACGGGAAGGUAAUCGCCGGGGGAGAGUACGGUAAGAGGAAGAAGAAGAGUUACGGGUUCUCCCUGUUCAACAGCCUGUUCGGAUCUAAACCGGGGAAGCCCGAUUCGUAUUCGGAUCCCAGGUUCCCCAAUUCGGAUCCGGGGGUCUCGAAUUCGGAACCCCCGCGUGGCAGUACGUCGUCGUCUUGGUUUUCGGCAAUAUUCUCGGGUCGUCGGAAGAAGCAAAAUCAGGCGUUUUCGGUAAAUGAGGAUGCCUCCGUGGGGCGGCGGCGGGUGAACUGUCAGAAUAGAGAUCGUGGAUUGUCCCCCGUGAGGUGCUCCGACGACGAGGAAGAGCAACAUUGCCGCGGGGGAUCCAGCGGGUACUCUUCGGAGUCUUCGCAGGGGUGGAAGCAGACACCAAGGCGGGCUCCGGUGUCCUCAUCAAACCGGAGAGGAGGCGGAAGAUGCAAUCGCAACCGGAACGCCUCCGGGAUGACGUUUUGCCUGAGUCCGUUGGUGAGAGCCAGCCCUAACUUGCAGUGGAACCAAAAGGGAAUGGCGGCGGAAAUGGUGUACUCCGGCGAAAUUAGACUAUCCUCCAAAGCGAGUAUGCCCGGUGCGACGUCGUUCUGCAAGAGCAGAUCGAGGAAACUUGCGGAUUUCGGAAGGUUCAACUGCCACCAUUAAUUGCACAUUGAUUAAUACAGUUAGCGGCCAAACGUUGACAUUUGACCGCAUCGGCGAUUGCGACAUUCUCCAUUGAUGAGAGAAGUGUGAUAGUUGUUGGUUUUUACCCUCGCCUGCCUAUGCCUACUUUAUAUGGGAGGGAGCAUUGUAGUCGAUAGUAUUCCGUACGUGGGUUCAUAUUUUUUUUUAUAUUUUCAUACCACCAUAUAAACAAUGUCCUGUUUUUGAUUUACUUGUUAAUGGUCAUUACUCCGAAUUUGUUUGAUGCACAAAAAAAAAAUGAAAAACAAAUACGCAGCGUCAUUCCCGUGUUUUUGGCUUUUAGCUGUACCCCGGCCAUCUUCUAAUGCGCGUGCGUCGCAAUUAGGUUUAUGGAACAUUUUACUACUCGGUAUAAUAUAAUGGUCGACAUAUGUUUAACAAUAAAAAUG